CAUGAUUUUAACAAACAUUAAAACCCAAACACACAUAGCAUAAAACCCAAACUCACCACAAACCAAAUCCUCACUUACUCUGUUUUUCUUCAUUCUUAUUCUCUCACUAUUUUACUCUUCAAUGGAUGAUUCUUACUCAUUUAAACCUUCUAGAACUCACUUACCAGAAAGCCCAAGAGCUCCAAUGGAGUUCCUCUCUCGUUCAUGGAGUGCCUCUGCUCUUGAAGUUUCUAAAGCUUUAGCCGCUCCUUCUCCUUCAAUGCCUUUGCCUCCAAAAUCUGCUAGUAGCUCUUCGUGUACUACGUCUUCUAUACCCGAAGACGUCACUGGAGAAUUCGAAGAGUUUCCUCUUCCUCACGCCAAUGGAAAUCACUUCUCUUUCUCUUCUUCCGCUACUUCUCAACUUGUGCUUGAUCGCAUUAUGUCACAGUCCGUUAGAGAGGAAGUGUCGCCGUUGACGUCCGGGAGGCUUUCGCAUAGUAGUGGGCCGUUGAACGGUGGGUCAUUGACGGAAACGGACAGUCCGCCGGUGUCACCGUCCGAUGAGUUUGACGACGUUGUUAAGUUCUUUCGAGCCAAUCACAGCAUUCAACCCCUUUUCACGAAUGGCCGUGCCAGUGCUGGCAAUGUUGGGGGAACUACCGGCGGGGGAUCAAAAACGGUGGGAAGGUGGCUCAAGGACAGAAAAGAGAAGAAAAAGGAAGAACAUAGAGCCCACAAUGCCCAACUACAUGCUGCCGUUUCGGUUGCUGCAGUGGCUGCCGCUGUGGCGGCCAUUGCAGCUUUCCAAGCUGCCUCUUCUUCGUCAAAGAAGAACGAGCACACGGCUAAGACUGAUAUGGCUGUGGCCUCUGCCGCCACCUUGGUGGCUGCUCAGUGUGUGGAGGCAGCAGAGGCAAUGGGGGCUGAAAGAGAUCAUCUUGCUUCGGUUAUUAGCUCUGCUGUGAAUGUUAGAUCUCAUGAUGAUAUCUCUACUCUCACUGCUGCAGCAGCCACGGCUCUACGAGGAGCAGCAACACUGAAAGCAAGAGCACUAAAGGAAGUAUGGAAUAUCUCAUCAGUAUUACCAGUAGAGAAAGGAAUACCGAUGGGUACUAAUGGUAGUAGCAAAGGCCACAUUCAUCAUUCCAACGAUGGUCAUAACCAAGAUCCAGAGCAUCAUCAACCUGAGAAUUUCCUCUUUGCUCACACUCAAGAUUUCCUCGCGAGAGGCACCGAGCUCCUCAAGCGCACUCGAAAAGGGGAUCUUCACUGGAAAAUAGUGUCUGUUUACAUUCACCGCACCGGACAGGUGAUGUUGAAGAUGAAGAGCAGACAUGUUGCAGGAACAAUCACAAAGAAGAAAAAGAAUGUGGUGUUGGGUGUAUGCAGGAAUGUACCCGCAUGGCCAGGACGACACUUGUUCGAGGGAGGGGAGCAGCGGCGUUACUUUGGAUUGAAGACAGAAAUGCGAGGCAUAGUAGAGUUUGAGUGCAGGAGCCAGAGAGAGUAUGAUCAGUGGACACAAGGCGUUUCAAAGCUUCUUUCACUGGUAGCUGAUUCAAAGGGCAGAUAUUAGGAAUGUUUUAAUGUAUUAUCUCUCUUGUGACUUAGAUAGUUCGUAGUUUAGUUCAAGGUGGUUGGUUCUAGUACUCUGACUUGUCCUAGGAAGAGUGGACACAGGUAAAGAGGGGGAGGGCAGGGGAGAUCUGAAUCACAAUAAAUACCAUUGAAUUGGUUAGUCUAAUUCUCAAGAAGAGCCUGAGGAUUGUGAUAUCAGAUUUGUGAAAGUUGAACAUUUCUUGAAUCCAACAUGCCAGAGGUUUAAGAUGCAAAAUUUUAUCACAAGUACAACGCAGCAACUAAUUGAAACCCCUGUUAUGGUUGAAAAUACUCUCGAGAAGAUGUAAAUUCAAACCAACUAAUAUUAUUUGACAGAAGACAAUCUAGACAAUCUUCCUUGACUUUUCA